AGAAAAUCUGGUGCAAGUGCGACCCUGCAGACAACGAGAUUGUACGUCCUGCCAACCGAUCGAUUGCGACUGGAGGCCCUGAACCCGGGUUCCGACUAGGCGGCGUCCUCAAAGGCCCGCAUCAGUUUCUCCCCUUAUUUCUCCAUCCUCCGACCAGCCGCGACGGGGGGGUGGAUUCCAGAGACUCAGGGGCGGAGCUUGGAGAGCGCCCCUCCCCACCCCGUUCCCCAAAGGAAGAGUUCGGGGGUCGGCCUUGAGAACUACAAUUCCCAAGGAGCCGCACGGCAGGAGCUUCGGUGGCGCCUGCGCAAACGUUAACGGCGGCAGGCGCGUCGGGGGCUGUCCUACACGCCGAUUGGUCGAGAGCGAGAGCCGCUUCCGGGCCCGCGGAAAUCGCGCGCCUUGAAUUGGGCCUGCAGAUUUCAUUGUUGCGGCUUGUAGCGACGGAAGAGACGGCAUGGAUCUCAGCGAGCUGGAGGGAGACAGUACGGGCCGUUGUCGCCUGAACUCGCCUGUACCUGCGGUGUGCCGCAAGGAGCCCUGCAUCCUGGGCGUCGAUGAAGCGGGCCGGGGCCCGGUGCUGGGCCCCAUGGUCUACGCCAUCUGUUAUUGCCCACUGUCCCGCCUGGCAGAUCUGGAGGCCCUGAAAGUGGCAGACUCAAAGACCCUAUCGGAGAGCGAGCGGGACAGGCUCUUUGUGAAAAUGGAGGAGGACGGGGACUUUGUGGGCUGGGCAUUGGACGUGCUGUCUCCAAACCUCAUCUCUACCAGCAUGCUUGGGCGGGUCAAGUACAACCUGAAUUCUCUCUCCCAUGAUACAGCCGCUGGGCUGAUACAGUUUGCAUUGGACCAGGGUGUGAAAGUUGCCCAGGUGUUUGUGGACACCGUGGGGCUACCAGACACAUACCAAAAGCAGCUGCAGCAGCGCUUUCCUGGCAUUGAGGUGACAGUCAAGGCCAAAGCGGACGCCCUGUACCCUGUGGUCAGCGCUGCCAGCAUCUGUGCCAAGGUGGCCCGUGACCAGGCUGUGAAGAACUGGCACUUCGUGGAAGACCUGCCGCACCUGGACGCCGACUAUGGCUCCGGUUACCCCAACGACCCCAAGACGAAAGCGUGGCUGAGGAGGCACGUUGAGCCUGUGUUCGGCUUCCCCCAGUUUGUCCGGUUCAGCUGGCGUACGGCCCAGAGCAUCCUGGAGAAGGAGGCAGAAGACGUGGUGUGGGAGGACUCACUGACUGGGGAUCAGGAGGGACCUGGGAGGAUCUCAUCCUACUUCAACGAAGGCCCCCGAGUCCGCCCCCGCCUGUCCCACCGGUACUUCCAGGAGCGAGGCCUGGAGGCAGCCGCCACUCUCUAGGGGCCAGCCUGUUCUCUCGUUUCUGUGCCGUCCCCACCCCCCACCCCUGUUUGUGAUUAAAGUUUUUUCUUUUUUUUUAA